GGUUCACAUUGAUUCCCAAUUUUUGAUAUCUUAUCUUUCCUAGCCUCAGCAACAAAAACAAGAGACUCCAAAGAAAACAAAAAAAAAAUGGCUGAUGUGAAAACCCAAGUAAGUUUUGGUAUAUUAGGCUGUGCUGAGAUUGCAAGAAAAGUAUGCAGAGCUAUAAACCUCUCUCCCAAUUCAAUCCUGCAUGCGAUCUCCAGUCGUUCGAUCGAAAAGGCAAAACAAUUCGUCGUUAAAAACAGUUUGCCGGAGUCAGUGAAGGUCUAUGGCAGCUACGAGGAGGUGUUGGACGAUCCGUUUGUGGAUGCAGUAUAUGUUCCACUGCCAACAAGCCUUCACCUAAAAUGGGCUGUGUUGGCUGCAGAAAAGAAGAAACAUGUGCUAUUGGAGAAACCAACCGCUCUAAAUGUAGGGGAGCUGGAUCGGAUACUUGAUGCUUGUGAAUCCAACGGUGUGCAGUUUAUGGAUGGAAGUAUGUGGUACCACCAUCCUAGGACAGCAAAGAUGAAGGAGUUUGUUUCUGAUACUAAGCUAUUCGGUCAAGUUAAAACGAUCUACAGUUCCUCUUCAUUCUUCCCGCCUCAAGAAUUUUUUGAGAACAACAUCAGAACAAAAGCAGAUUUAGAUGGCUUUGGAGCAUUAGGCGAUGCUGGCUGGUACUGCAUCGGAGCGAUUUUGUGGGCGAUGAACUAUAAACUGCCCACCACUGUCACUGCUUUACCUGCAACUACUCAUAAUUCCAAUGGAGUCAUCAUGUCCACCACAGCUGCCCUUCACUGGGAACAAGAGGGAACAACUGCAACCUUUUACUGCUCAUUCCUAUCACACGAGACAAUGGAUGUAUCGGUAUUGGGAUCCAAAGGAUCAUUUCAUGUUGAAGAUUUGAUCAUUCCUUAUGAAGAGAGUUCAGCUUCUUUUAGUUUCACAUCAGGUGCAGCUUUUGUUGAUCUGCAUAUCGGGUGGAAUAUGAAAGAGCAAGAGGUUCAAGUACAAAACGAGCUUCCACAAGAGGCCUUGAUGAUUAAAGAGUUUUCAAGGUUGGUCAAAGGAAUAAAGGAUUUCAAGAUUAGACCGGACAAAAUGUGGGGUGACAUUAGUCGCACAAGUCAGGUUGUUUUGGAUGCUGUGAAAUCAUCAGUGGAUAGCGGUAAGAUGGUGUAUAUUUGAUCAUAUUUGGCUCCCUUGCAAAAUCAAUGAGUGUUUAUGGUUCCAAAAUGACAACAUGAUUUUCUUCUUUUGAUGUGACUAGGGCUGUAAACGAACCGAACGAACACGAACAAGGCCAUGUUCGUGUUCGUUCGUUAAGAAAAUUAACAUGUUCGCGAACUGUUCACGAACACAUACCGAACAUAAGUUUAUGUUCGUGUUCGUUCGUUAAGGAAAUUCAAUUGUUCACGAACAGUUCGUGAACACUGGUCUCGAACACAAACGAACGCAAGCAAAUAACAACGUAUGUAAACGAACAUUUAACUUGAAAUAAAAAAUAAAAAACAUUGUUAUCCUUAAACAUUGGAUAUAAGUAGUUAAAUACAACUAUCAAACGAUAAAUCAAAACACAAAGAAGUCUACUACACCACUAAAUGAUAAAUCAAGGUUAACUAACCUAGACAUAAUUAUCCCAAAAUAUGUCUUCGAGUGUUUAAAUUUUAGCUAACUUAGAAAAAGAUAGGGUUUCAAGUUUUCAAUAUGCUUAAAUAAAAGAUUUAUUAUUUAUUAUUUAUUAUUUUUAAUAUAAUCAAAUGAACACGAACGAACGAACGAACAUGAACAAACGUAAAGGAACAUAUUACCGAACGUUCACGAACACAGUCGAACGAACGAAACCCGUGUUCGUGUUCGUUCACUAAGCUAACCGAACGAAAUUUUUGUUCGUGUUCGUUCGUUAAGCUAAUCGAACGAACAUAAACGAACUUCCCGCCGAACGGUUCACGAACUGUUCGCUGAACGUUCGAUUCGUUUACAGCCCUAGAUGUGACCAAAUAAUGUCAAUUCAGAUAUCGAUCAUACGUUUCUUUCAAGAAGUAUUCUUGUUAAGUUACCUCGACUCCUUACUACUUAUUUCUCAAUGUGUUAAUCUUGCGAAGUGAGUUUCACAUACUCGAAAUGUUUAGUUUUAAAAAAGUUUAAAAAAUAUAUAUUAAUGAGUAAACUUCCGUUUUGCUCCCUAUGGUUUGGUCACUUUAAUGGUUUUGUCCUAAUUCUUUCAAAAUAACCAGUUUACUCCCUGAUCUAUGAAGCCCUUUAUGAUUUUACUCCCCGCCUCUAACUCCAUCCAAAUUGUUUAUUAACUGAAAGGGUAGUUUGGUAACUUCAAAAAAGGUAUUUUAGUACAACUAAAAAUAAAAGAUUGUAUUAUUAUAUAAUAAUAAAAAUAACAAAACCAUAUCUAUUCUCUCUCUACCCUCUCUGCAAUCUCUCUCUCUACCUCUCUGCAAUCUCUCUACUCUCUCCACCCUACCCAACCACCUAUCUUCUCUAUCUGCGGCGGAAGCUCCGGCGGUUGCACCGUCGGAGAGAAGAAAGAUUGAAACCCCACUUAGAAUUUGCAAAAUAAUCAAGGGUUUUUCUGAACCCACAUUGUCUGAUUUCUCUUAAUUUUGGGGGUUUUGAAGAAGAUGGUUUUCUGAACCCAAAUUCCAAGUCAUGAAACCUAAAAACCCAGAUUUCUCAUCAAAUAAUGGGUCAGAUCAAGAAAUUCAAAACACCCAGAACCCUAAACAACAAACCCUAGGUGCAAACAGAGGUAAAAACAGAUAAUAAAGAAAACCCACUUCAGGAAACACUAAUCAUCCAUGAAAUAAAGAAAACCCACUUCAAGAAACACUUGAAAUUGAGAAAAUCUAAAGCAGAAACUUGAGGGUUUUGCUCUAAUAAAAAAGAGAGAAAGAUUGGGGAUGAGGGAAGUCGUCGUGGUGAUGUUGGUGGCUUACGGUGAUGAUGUUGGUGGUGGUGAGGCGGUGGCUUAUAGUAAUGAUAUCGGGUGGUGAGGUGGUGGCUUAUAGUGAUGAAGUCGGGUGGGUUAGGCGCUGACUGGUGAGGUGGUGGUGAGGCGGUGGCUGAUGGUGGUGAUUUCAGGGGGAGGUGAAGUACUGAUAUCGGGUGGUGGUGAGGUGGUGGAUGGUGGAGGUUGGUGGCGGCAACCGGUGUUGGUGGUGGGAGAGGAUAACUCAAUUUGAUGCCUCCAGUAUAUGUAUAUAUUGACAUAAUAAAUUAUUAAUUAAACUUUUAUUUUUUAAUAUUAAAAUAAAUACUUAAA